UGCUACCAAAACGAAUCUAUGAAAUAAAUAUUGUUUUAAACAAAGUGUUAUCGUAAAAAUUAAAAGUUCAUGAAAUCUUAAUAAUACUUCCAACAUGUGUGGACGAACGUGCCUAACGCUUGAACCGAAAGAGAUCCAAUGCUGCUGCAGAUAUCAAAAAACCACGCAGACUAAACCCAAAUCUCCAGAAUAUCGAAAUGAAUUCAAUUGCGGUCGAAAGUACCAACCAUCCCACAACGUCGCUCCAACGGACAUAACACCAGUGCUGGUUUCUGCAGCGUAUUUUGACGAGAACAAGGACAGCGCGGAGCGAACAAUUGUACCGAUGAUGUGGAGCAUGGUCCCCCGUUGGCAUAAGGGUGAUUAUCGCAAGCACGGUCUUACAACGAACAACUGCCGAUUGGAGAGUUUGGCCAAGUCUAAGCUGUACGGUCCACCGCUCGAAGCCGGUCACCGAUGUGUGAUUCUCUGCGAAGGAUUUUAUGAGUGGCAAACGACCAAGGAACUUAAAUCAUCCGAACGACCUGCAUUCUACAUUCACAUGCCCCAGAAGGAAGGCGUGAAAAUCGAAGAUAAAUCCACGUGGGAUCUCGAAAACAACGGUGGAAUUAAUCUGUUGAAAAUGGCUGGCCUAUUUGAUGUUUGGGAAGAUGAAAAUGGCGACAAACUGUACAGCUAUACAUUGAUUACAUUCGAAUCCAACAAGAAAUUCUCCGAAAUCCACCACCGCAUACCGGCAAUUCUGGAAACGGACGAAGAAGUUGCUUCUUGGCUCGACUUCCGCAAGGUAGGUGCUACUCGAGCGUUAAACAUGUUGAAGCCAUGCGAAUCGAUCCAAUGGUACGGAGUGACCAAUUUAGUAAACAACUCCAGAAACAAAUCAGACCAGUGCAAUAAGCCGAUUGGAGAGAUCAAAUCUAGCAUGAAGGCAACAGUUACCCCCAAGAGCAAGAUGAUGCAAAACUGGUUGAUUGUAAAGCAGAGAAGUAGCGAUGAUGCGAGCGUAAAAACGGAAGCUGAUGAAUCAAAACCACAACAGAAGAAAUUGAAACAAGAAGAUGCCGAAUAA